CAAUCAGAUGCGCGGAUAACACUCAGACAACAAACAAAAGAUCGAGGCUAGCGAGCCGAGCCGAGCCGAGCUCCCCCCGGACUGAAGUCGACCCGUGUUGACCUCGAGCGUCGCUCCUCUCCUCCCCCUCUCCAACGAGCCUGUUCCCGCUUCGCUCCGGACCCUGUGCAGCAGACAGUCCUCGUUUCAGUGCCCGCGUGUGGGCCGAUGUCAGCCCGAGCCGCCUCGGCGAUCGCCUUGCGAAGCUAAACGCGUUAGCCUAGCCUUAGCUAACUCGGUUAGACAGCUACUCUGGCCAGCGACGCCUGUUAGCAUAGCCUGUUAGCUUAGCUUGCUAGCAAGCUUAGCAAACCCCCUCCUCCCCCCUCCCCCCUCCCCCUCCUCCUCCUCUUUGACUAACUUGACACUGACUGACACAAGUGGCUCUGGCUUGUCGCUGACGAGCCGCUUCCCACGUCUAUACUCGCGUCGCGGCCAUGUCCGGGCAGUCGUCGGGCGGCGGGCUGCCGAUGUCGGUGCUCGUCCACGGGGACGCGGCUCUCAACGAGCAGGAGAAGGAGCUCAACCAGCGUCUGCGGCGGCUCUAUCCGGCCGUGAACGAGAGCGAGACCCCGCUCCCUCGCUCCUGGAGCCCGAAGGACAAGUUCAGCUACAUCGGGCUCUCGCAGAACAACCUGCGCGUGCACUAUAAAGGUCACGGCAAAACCCCGAAAGAUGCGGCGUCCGUACGGGCCACCCAUCCCAUCCCAGCCGCCUGCGGGGUCUACUACUUCGAGGUGAAGAUCAUCAGUAAAGGCCGAGAUGGGUACAUGGGCAUCGGCCUCUCUGCUCAGGGCGUGAACAUGAACAGACUCCCCGGUUGGGACAAGCACUCGUACGGUUACCACGGAGAUGACGGCCACUCCUUCUGCUCGUCCGGCACCGGGCAGCCCUACGGACCCACGUUUACGACGGGCGACGUCAUCGGCUGCUGCGUCAACCUGAUCAACAACACGUGCUUCUACACAAAGAACGGCCACAGUCUAGGUAUCGCCUUCACCGACCUGCCACCCAACUUGUACCCGACCGUGGGCCUUCAGACUCCUGGGGAGGUGGUGGACGCAAACUUCGGCCAGCACCCGUUUGUGUUCGACAUCGAGGACUACAUGCGAGAGUGGAGGACGAAGAUCCAGGCGCAGGUCGACCGCUUCCCCAUCGGCGAGCGCGAGGGCGAGUGGCAGUCCAUGAUUCAGAAGAUGGUCGCUUCCUACCUGGUGCACCACAGCUACUGUGCCACGGCCGAAGCCUUCGCCAAGUCCACCGACCAGGCCGUGCACGAGGAGCUGGCUUCCAUCAAAAACAGACAGAAGAUCCAGAAGCUGGUGUUGUCGGGUAGAAUGGGCGAGGCCAUCGAGACCACCCAGCAGCUCUACCCCAACCUCCUGGAGAGGAACCCAGACCUUCUCUUCAUGCUCAAGGUGAGACAGUUCAUAGAGAUGGUGAACGGGACGGACAGCGAGGUGAGAUGUCUGGGGGGUCGCAGCCCAAAGUCUCAGGACAGUUACCCCGGCUCGCCCCGACCCUUCAGCAGCCCCAGCCACAAAGCCAGCAGCUCCCAACCGCACCUCACAGGGUUUGACGGCAACUGCUGUAACGGCGUGACGUCGAAUAAGAGCCACGGCUCCUCCCCUCACAGUCACAAGCCCUGCCCCCCAGGCUCUGGCUCCGCCCUCCCAGCGUCAGACAUCAGCCUCAACGGGAGCCGCGGUCAACAGCCCGUGACCAGCGACGUGGACAUGGAGGUCGACCACUUCACCAACGGAGUGACGGAAUCGUCCUCAAAUGGUUUCCUCAACGGCAGCUCCAAACACGCCUCCGAGCCCGACGACUGUGACGCCGACAUGGAGGUAGAAUCGGCUCAGUCCAAGCGGCAGCUGUGCGGCGGGAGCCAGGCGGCCAUCGAGAGAAUGAUCCACUUCGGCAGGGAGCUCCAGAGCAUGAGCGAACACCUCCGCCGCGAGUGUGGCAAGAACUCCACCAACAAGAAGAUGCUCAAGGACGCGUUCAGCCUCCUCGCCUACUCGGACCCCUGGAGCAGCCCGGUCGGCUACCAGCUGGACGCCAUUCAGAGGGAGCCGGUGUGCUCCACCCUCAACAGUGCAAUAUUAGAGACUCACAACCUGCCCAAGCAGCCGCCUCUGGCCCAGGCCGUGGGUCAGGCCGCCCAGUGCCUCGCCAUCAUGGCACGGACUGGCAGCGGCUCCUGCGCCUUCGCCUCUGUGGACGAUUACCUGCACUAGCCCCGUGCACGCGCGCGCGCGCACACACACCACACACACACCACACACACCACACACACACCACACACACCACACACACACCACACACACCACACACCACACACACCACACACACACACACACACACACACACACACACAGGAUCAGCCCAGAAAUGUCUCCCUCCACCUGCAGUCAUGUGUGAGCUGAGGCAGGAUAAGUCGUAGAACGUCGACCAUCUCACUUGCUUCUUGUUCUGCUUCUACCGGUCGACACAAACGGCACCUGGAAAUUCUGGGCAGAUCUUUAGGGUUCAAACACACAGGCACACACAGACACACACACACACACCACCUCCCUUUCCAUCGUAAAUAUGAAAUGACACCUUCCCCUUGGUCGGCCUUGCUGAACUCCUCCUCCUCCGACCCCCUGACGCUGCGUCCACAUUGUUCCGAGCGACAGCGGGCGACGCCAGCCAAGAGUAGCCAACUUGAAAAAUACCCAGAGAGCCAAACUCACGUGGACCCAUGGGGGAGGGGGCAACAGAGACCCUACCCCCAUCUACCUGGGGGGCAUUUAAACGAAACAAAAAAAAACCUGGUGUGAAGCAUAAAUGGAGAAAAUAAGGAAGAAAACCACAACAACAAAAAGUCAAACAGACGAGCGACCGUCAUGGCCGACCACCGCUCAACGUGGUCCCUCUGACCCACCGGCUCGCAAGGUCAAACGCACGCACACGCAUUAUGAAACACGCCAUCCAGCAAACACGGAGGCGGGCUGAUGCUGAACGUAGGAUUUAAAGAUAAAUAAAUAAAUAGAGGUCCAGCUCCGCAGAGGCUCGAACCACAGACCCCCCCCCUCAACACACACUGUCUUCAGAACACCGGCGGACAUUGACGUGACGCGUGCGGACUCUGUCACUCUGAAGUAGCCGGAGAGAAUCUUCAGUCUCGACUCCACGUUCCCAGUUUUUAAUCUUUUUUGUUGUUGUUGUUGUUGUUGUUUUGUUUUCUCAUGGACAAAAAUUUUGUUUCUGGGGGGAGGGGCGGGGCGUUGCUGAGGUGUUACCUGGCUCUUUUAGUUUUUGUUUUUCCCCCCAGGUUUACAAGGCAUGGUGCAGACGUUGAUGAUGAUCAUUAUUAAUGUUGUUGUUGUUAUUAUUAUUCUAAUUAUCAUUAUAUUAAUUAUUGUUACUCGCAUUCACCGUAUAUUUGUUGAGCGCCUGCAAGAGCAAAGAUCCCACCGACUUAUUAUAAUAAAGGUCCCGAUUCCCACGAUUACCAGUGACGAGAGUGUCGUACAUAUUCACGUUUAUAUAUAUAUGUAUAUAUAUAUACAUAUAUAUAUAUAUAUAUGACUUAUAUCAGAGUGAGAUAUUUAGUUAUCAAAUGAAAUUUUUAAAGAAAAAAACCAACAGUCCUUUAAUGCUCUGUAGUGACGUCAGUGAAGUGUUCUCGCUUUGACGUCCCCCAGUCGGUCGACUCCAGGGUUCCUAUGCAGGUGGAAAACAAAUACUUAUAUCUUUGACCUUUUCCAGGUCUGCUAAAUUUUGGCAAACAGAAAUUACUCUCGAGAGUUUUGUGAACUAUAAUUUCGUGUUAUCGUGGUCCUCGCUAGAGCUGCAACAGUUAAUGGACUACUGAGUUAAUCGCCAACCGUUUUGAUAAUUGAUUAAUUGGUUCAAGUUGUUUUUAUGGAGGAAAAAAAAGGUCAAGAUUCUCUGAUUUCUGCUUCUUAAAUGUGAAUAUUUUCUGGUUUCUUUGCUCCUCUGUGACAGUGAACUGAAGAUCUUUGGUGUGUGGACGAAACAAAACAUCAUGUUGAGGUUUUUGGGAAACACGAUGGAUAUUUCCUACAGAUCCAUUAAUCGAUUACGAAAAUAAUGGUUGUUUGCAGCCCUCGUCCUCGUCGUGAAGUCGUCGCUCUCACUACCAAUGCGUUUCUCCGACAACACGUUGGUGAUGUUAGAGACGGGGAUGAAAGCUUUAUUCAAACGUCAACCCCCGGCACGGUCACGGCACAAUCGGAUGGGAGUCAUUUUUUGAAUCUGUCAUUGCAGAAACAUCAGUUUUAAACCAUCAUUUCUUCCAUUUGGCGAUGAAGUAACGGCCCUGAGCCGCAUGACAGACCGAGGACUUUCAUUUCCUGUUUGCUCCGACACUGGUUCUUCGCAAGACCACCUGGAGGCUGUGCAGCUCCACCGGCAGCAAUUCUCAAUCCAGUCAUGAUUUUCUGAAACUGCUGCUGGUACAUAAUUAUAAGAUUCAGGUAUAAAUGGCCGCAGGUCCACCUGCCUCCGUCUUGCCGUGUCUACCCGUCAUGCGUCUCAUACCUACUAGAUUUUCAGUUCCCUUUAUUAUUAUUCUUUUGUUUUCUGACCAGAUCCUCCCCUGGCCUCUUAGUACGCAGAACUUUGAUGGAGAAUUUAAGAAAAAACAUUUAAAAAAAACAACACCAGUCAGUGUUGUCAACUGCACUGUGGCUGCCACACUUACAGAAUGGAAAAACCCAGAUGCUUUAGGAAGACGACUUCGCAGCUGUGUUGGUGCUCGCCACUCGCAGAGGAACAAAGUUAUAACUACUGCUUUUUUCUUUUCUUUUUUAAAUUUCAUUUUUUACUCCGAAUCGCAAGCAGCCCCGGCAUCGUUUAGAAAACCUCUUGGACAAAGUGUCUGUCGUCUCUGUCUGAGUAAGGUCUGAAACCGCUGCAUGCCAUAGUAAAGUGGUGGUGAGAUCAAGUUAGAUGUCUCUUAUUUGACUCUUUUAGUUUCUCCUCCUUUGAGCCAGUUCACGCUGUGUGAGGAAGAUGUCGACCAGUGAGUUGUCCACUUGCUGACUUGUGUCCAUUUGGAGAAAGAGAACAAAAAAAAAAAAUGUGCAAUUUGUGUGAGGGUGAAAAGAUUUCUAUUAAAAGACAAAUGCUGAUGGAA